AAAACUCGAUGGUUUCUGCGCGGCGCCGGCCGUUCUAGCCACAUCGGGCUUUCACUCUUUGGUUUCCGGAUCCGAUCGGAUCUGGGCGCUUUACCUCCUGGGUAAGCGCGCUGCACGUGGAGAGGCGAGUGGGCUUCCGGACCCUGCGCUGCAGCCCGCAUGUUCGAGGAGCCUGAGUGGGCCGAGGCGGCCCCAGUAGCUACAGGCCUAAGGCCCGUGAUCUCACGGCCUCAGCCUGCGCCACCUUCGCAAAUCAAGGGUCCCAAGCGCCGCCAGCUCUUGGCUACAUUACGGGCCUUGGAAGCAGCGUCUCUUUCCCAGCAACCCCCUAGCCUACCUGACAGUGACUCUGAGGAGGAGGUGGAAAGGAAGAAAAAGCAACCUAAAAGGACAUCAUUUGCCAGUGCCUCUGUUGAAUCAGGGGACAGAAAGAAGAAGAAAUGUCGAAAGCAAGGCCCUCCUUGCCAUGACUCUGAGGGAGAAGAAGUAGAAAGAAAGAAAAAGGUCGGCAAGCGGGGUCUUGUUGGCAGUGACUCUGCUGAGGAACAGAGAAAAAGGAAAUGCCAGAACCCAGCCCGGCACCUGAACAGUGUUGACCAAACAGAUUCCCAAAUCCAGAAGAGUAGUGCUGCAAAUGGGCCACCCAAGUCAAGUCCUGAGUCCUCUUGCCCUAAACCCUCCCAGACCUUGACUCGCAAGCAGUGGCGGAACCGGCAAAAGAACAAGCGGAGGCACGAGAACAAGUUUCGGCCAGCUCAGGCUCCAGACCAGGUUCCAGCUGAGGCCCCCACAGAGGAGACAGAGGUACCUUCUGUUCCCAGGCCAGACAGCCACGAGGCUCGUGCUGAGGCCCUCCGAGCCCGCAUGGCGCAGAGGCUAGAUGGGGCCCGAUUUCGCUACCUCAACGAACAACUUUACUCGACGCCCAGCAGUGCUGCGCAACGCCUCUUCCAGGAAGACCCUGAAGCUUUUCUCCUCUACCACCGUGGCUUCCAGAGCCAAGUGAAGAAGUGGCCACUGCAUCCAGUGGACCGCAUUGCCAGGGAUCUUCGCCAUCGGCCUGCAUCCCUAGUGGUGGCUGACUUUGGUUGUGGGGAUUGCCGCCUGGCCUCAAGUAUCCGGAACCCUGUGCACUGUUUUGACUUGGCCUCUCUGGACCCCAGGGUCACUGUGUGUGACAUGGCGCAGGUGCCUCUAGAGAAUGAGUCAGUGGACGUGGCUGUGUUUUGCCUUUCACUGAUGGGAACCAACAUCAGGGACUUCUUAGAAGAGGCAAAUCGAGUACUGAAACCAGGGGGUCUCCUGAAAGUGGCUGAGGUCAGCAGCCGCUUUGAGGAUGUUCGGAACUUUCUGGGGGCUGUGAGCAAACUGGGCUUCAAGGUCAUCUCCAAGGACCUGAGCAACAGCCACUUCUUCCUGUUUGAUUUUCAAAAAACUGGGCCUCCUCGGGUAGGGCCCAAGGCACAGCUCUCAGGACUGAAGCUUCAGCCGUGUCUCUACAAGCGCAGGUGACCUGGACGCCCGUUGGAAGGAGAGGCGGGGCUCAGGCUCCAGGUUCAGGAUGGUGAAGACUCUCAAGCAAGGUGGUGAGCCAAGACCGCACUUCCUCUGGCCUAUGAGCAAAGUGUGAUAACACCGUCGCUCAGCUCAGCCCCAGUGAAGUCUUCUUAGAAGCAUAAAGUGACUUUGGCUAGCUAAAGAAUAGGGAGUUUAUUAUGAGAACCUGGAGCUGUCUGGGGGAUCAUGUGUCACCUUAGGUAGCAUGAAAACUGGACUGUUUGGAGAUCAGGGAUCUCUGGGUUUGACUCCUCUUUCCAAUUCUCUAAAGCCACGUAGCUUCUACUCGUUCUGUUUCCGUCUGCUCAAGCCCUGAAGGCCGCAGACAGGCAGCUCUUGCUUCUAGGCAAUUCCGAUCCUGGCUCGCCACUUAGAGCUGGGGUCACUUAAUCUCUGAAUAUCAUAUUCUUCAUUUGGAACAUGGUAUAAUUCCUGUCUUAGAAGGCUGUGUUGGUUAACUGAGGAAAUCUAUGGCCAGGGCUGGAAACAUAGCAGGUGCUCAAUAAACUAGCUGUGGCUGUUACAUAUUGUAAUCCUUGUUCUUUGAAGACCUUCCCUAAGCUGGAUUGGAGGUUGAAGGGUGAGAAAUAGAUUUGUUGACUAAGAAAGAUUGUAAGAGAAUUCAGGAACAGGCUCAUUUCAUCCACUACGUGGAGACUUCUUUUUUUUCUUUUCAUUUUUUAUUUGAAAGGCAAAGAGCAGAGAUCUUCCAUCCUCUAGUUCACUCUUCAAAUGCCCACAGAAGCUGGGACUGGUCCGCACUGAAGCCAGGGGCCCAGAACUCAAUUCAGGUCUCCAGAGUGGGUGGUAAGUUCCCAAGUCCUUGAGCUGUUCCCUGCUGUCUCCUAGGGUGCACAUUAGCAGGAAGCUGGAAUCGGAAGCAGAGUCCUGAGACUCAAACCCAGGCACUCUGAGAGACUUUUUUAAUGGGUUCCAAGCUGUCCUUAUAGGUGGGAACUGGGUCUCUGUUCAGAAACAACAACUGGUUGAUACCCUGUUGGGGUGGGAGAUUGGUAGGCUCAGACUGGGAUAUUCUCGGCAAGCUAUAGGCAAAGAAGCCUGGUGCUGGGGGGAAAUAAGCUAGGAUGGUAGAUCCUAUGCUUCCCCUAGAAGGCAUCUGCCAUAGGCCUGGGUACAAAGAUACAGCCUCUUUCACCUGUUUUCACAAACAAGACUUAAGUUGGGUGUCUCCAAUAAGGGAGAGAAAUUUUGAAACAGGCUGUAGGCUAGGAGGUAGGUUUGGAGGUUGAGCUGUGAACCAUUCAGCAGGCACUGCAUACUGCCUUUGCAUGUGCUAUUCUUUUUUUUUUUUUUUUUUUUUUUUUGACAGGCAGAGUGGACAGUGAGAGAGAGAGACAGAGAGAAAGGUCUUCCUUUUUGCCGUUGGUUCACCCUCCAAUGGCCGCUGCAGCCAGCUCAUUGCGCUGAUCCGAAGCCAGGAGCCAGGUGCUUCUCCUGGUCUCCCAUGUGGGUGCAGGGCCCAAGCACUUGGGCCAUCCUCCACUGCCUUCCUGGGCCAUAGCAGAGAGCUGGCCUGGAAGAGGGGCAACCGGGAUAGAAUCCGGUGCCCCAACCGGGACUAGAACCCGGUGUGCCGGCACCGCAAGGCGGAGGAUUAGCCUGUUGAGCCACGGCGCCGGCCUGCAUGUGCUAUUCUUAAUACUUACCUGACUGGCGAAGUUUAUUUGUCUUUCCAAAAAGCCUAGAAGUAUUACAUGAAGAGUGCUACUUUAGCAUGUAAAUAUUUAGUUGUCAUUGCUUUGGGCAUUUGGCUGUAACCUGCUCAAGCCAUCUUUGAAUUCCUAGAGCUUAUUAUGUGAAAUAAAGCCAGUGUACUUUUCACCUAGGGAGGGAUCAGGAACAACAUGGUCCAGCUGAAUGGAAUUGAUGAGGUCAUAGAUGCUGUAGAAACCCAGGUUCAGGGCUGGUGUUGUGGUGCAGCGGGUUGGGAUGCUGCCUUUGAUGCCAGGAUCCCAUAUGAGCGCCAGUUCGAGUCCCAGCCACUCCACUUCCUAAAUAUCUCCCUGCUAAUGUGCCUAGCAAAACAAUGGAAGAUGGCACAAGUGCUUGGGUCCUGCCACCCACAUGGGGGCCUGGAUAAAGAUCCUGGCUUCUGACUUCGGCCUGGCCAUUGGGGCUAUUUGGGAGGUGAACCAACAGAUAGAGGAUCUCUCUCUCUUUCUCUCUCUCUCUCCCUCUCCCUCUCUCUCCCUCCCUCCUUCCCUUCCUCUCUCUCUCUCUCUCUCUCU